AUGGCACAAUCCAUAGCAGACUCGUGGAAGUCGUUCUGGCACACAAUGACCUCGUAUGACCGGCACGCCUCCCACAACUCGCCCUACCGCACCGGCCGCCACAUUCCUCUGCCCCAGAGCCGACAUGCUCCCCUUAGCAACGUCGCAACCAGCGGCGCCGAGUCCCGCGUCGAUCUCUCCUCGCCCUACACUCACGACGAGCCGGCCAUGAGCAACGGCUUCAUUGGCUCGCCCAAGGGGCCCCUCUCCCCUUCGUCGCCCUACUCCCCCGGCAUGCGUUCCACGCUGAGCCGCCAAGCAACGGCGGACUCGGACACCUUCGACAAGGGCGCCAAUGGCGAGAUCCAGAUGCGCGACUUCAACGAGGGCCUCCCUCCAGCCCCGCCCGUCGGCCACUCGUGGCGGCGCAUCGACCGCUGGGUCGAGGACAAGUACGAAGAGCUUUUCGACAAUCUCUGCGAGGGUGCGACGUCAAAUGAUGUCAACGAGCUUGAGCACGAGCUCGAUGCCACCCUUCCUAUGGAUGUGCGCGAGUCGCUGCAAAUCCAUGAUGGCCAGGAGCGCGGUGGUCUCCCCACUGGGAUUAUUUUUGGGUGCAUGCUGCUUGAUUGCGAAGAAAUCGUCAUGGAGUGGCAGAAUUGGCGGAAGGUGGCCGAGGAGUACCUCUCACCCAAAACAGACCCCAGGGCGACGCCCCAGAUACCAGUCAAGGCUUUCGCCGGAUCAUCGACCGCACCGCCCGUCGCACAGGUUCAGCAAUCCAGCAACCCGCUCUGGCGACAAGACCUGCUAGCUCGCCAAGACUCUCAGCCGCCGAACGCUGUGCAGAAGGCUUACGCCCACCCUGCCUGGAUCCCGCUCGCUCGCGACUGGGGAGGCAACUACCUCGCUACCGAUCUUGCUCCCGGUCCCAGCGGUACCUGGGGACAGAUCAUCAUCUUCGGGCGCGACUACGACUGCAAGUAUGUCGUGGCUCGCUCGUGGGGGGCUCUACUCGCCAUGGUUGCAGAUGAUCUCAACACCGACAAAGUCCAUAUUGACGAAGAUAGCGGUGAGCUGAAGCUGCUAGAAUUCAAGCGACAGAACGUAGAGCCGCCCUACCUUGAAAUCCUCCGCUGGCGCACCGACCAGAAGUACGGCCGGCGUCAACCGAAGAAGCGGCCCAACAGCACCCUCCGCGUCAACUCCAAUCCUCCCACAGCGGCAGGUCCGAGCAGCGCCGGCAGCAGCCCAUACGGUAGCCCCGUAAUUGGACCAGAGGAUCGUGGCAGGAGUCCUCAUCGCCUGUCGCAAAAGCCCAAGAAAAAGGGCGCCAGUCCGAUGUCCAGCCCGCUCGCCAGGGUUGCGGAAGAAGGACCGCAACCGAUCCGUAUCCAGACCAACAUCGACGCCAAAGCUGGUCUGCCCAUGGAGAAGCUCAUCUCUGUAGACACACCCCGACCAAGCGACGACUUCCCUCCUGUUAGGCAGAGCUUUGGUAGCGACAAGGAAAACAAAAAGGAGUCAAAGCCGGCUUCGUUGAAGAGCCCAGCCACAAUGGAAGGGCCUGAACUGAAGACCGUCGAGUUAUAG